AUGACAACGGUCCCUGAUCCCAAUCCCACCCAAAUCGCGUUCGCAGAAGCCGUUCGCAAGUUCAAAUCCAAGCUGAAAAACGAUCAAUUAUACGCAGAGAUUCUAAAAACGAAAUCGAUUGACGAGGUCUACGAUGCAACAGACGCACUUCAGGCUGAACAGGCGAAACAGGGACGACUUCGGCAUCUCUCGAAAAUUAAGCCGUUUCUUGAGGGACUCCAAGGCUACGCAGAUACCAUCGAUACAUUCGUACAAGUCAAACCGGAUGUUCUCGCACUCAUUUGGGGUCCAAUUAAGUUGCUUAUUCAAUGGGCCGCUUCUCUAACGCAAUCCAUCGAUGCCCUUGCCAAUAUCGCAGCUGAGAUUGGUGAGCUGCUACCCGAAUUUAAGCUCAUGGCUGCCAUGUUCGGCAACAAUGAGCAAAUGAAGCUUGUGCUUGUCCUGUUUUUCCAAGAUAUUCUUGACUUUUAUGUCGUAGCUUUAAAGUUCUUCGGCUUGCCCCAUUGGCGAGUGAUGUUCGAGGCACUAUGGCCUUCUCAGAAGGAGAAAAUCAAAAUUGUAAUGGAUCAUAUCGGACGACAUACAAAAUUAAUGAGAAACAAAGUCCGCCUAGAGCACCUCAGGGAGGAGUAUGAACACAGACAGCGAGCUUUCGACCAUUUUGAAGCAACGCAGAAGAGUAAUAUGCGUCAAGAAUACAACAUCGUCAAGACUGACAUCUCUCCAAGGUUUUAUGAUGCUGAGCUGUAUCGGAUACGGGGUCAGGUCUGUAAAGGGACCGGGAACUGGCUGAAGCAAGCUAGUGAUUUCAAGAAGUGGUUAAAUGGAGACGAUGAUUCAACGCGAAUAUUAUGGCUAUGCGGUAUUCCUGGAGCAGGAAAGACUCAUCUAGCGGCUAUGGCAAUCGACUUCGCCAUGUCGACCAGAACUAUAUUCGUCUUUCUCAGUCACGCUAACAGUAGCAGCACCACGGCCUUAUCAGUUAUACAUUCUCUAAUUUUCCAGUUGGCUUCGGAUGACGAAAAUCUUCAGGCGAUUCUCUGUGGUUCGAAUCGAGAAAAUUUUAAAAACAGCCUUGAUGUCGCUAUUAGCUUUCUACAAACGCUACUUAACUCCACCGGCCUCGUGAGCAUAAUUAUUGAUGGAGUUGAUGAGAUUGAUAUCUCUGAACGAGAGAAACUUCUCAAGAGUCUUUACGAAACAUCUACAGCCUGCAAGAAGACUCUUUUAUUGAUAAGCAGUCGAGCAGAACACGACAUCUCGGCAAUUCUGGGCCAAAUAUCAUCAACAAUUCGAGUGGAUACACACAAUGCGGCAAGCAUCCAAAUGUUCGUUGACGACUGGGCACAAACGUGGUUUUCAGCUCAUGAUUUUCUACGCGAAGACAAGUCCGAGAUUGAAGGCCUCCUUGCGCCAAUUUCUUUAAAAGCAAAGGGGAUGUUUCUUUACGCCAAGAUCAUGUUGCGCAGCAUAGAGGAGCUUGACAAUCUAGAUGAGAUCCGCAAUGAGCUGAGAGUACUUCCUCAGGACCUAGAUGAAGCAUACGGGAGAUUGUUCGAGAAAAUCGAUCGCAAGUCUGAAAUCGUGAAGAAGAAGUGCCGACUUAUUCUCGGCUGGAUCAGCUGCUCACCAAUACCUUUGACGUUGCUGGAACUAGAACAAGCUUUGGUGGUAACGAUCAGCGAAACAUCUAGAGUGUCUUCGCCAUUGAAUUUUGUUCGUCUUUGUGGCCCCAUUAUCGAGGUUGUGGAGGGCAACAUUCAAUUCGUGCAUUUCACAGUCAAGGAAUAUAUUCACAGUCGACAUAAAAUUGAGAACCACAUUGAUCUUACUGAGGCGACGCUGAGCCUAGCAAUCUGUUGCAUACGAUACCUGUGCCAAGAUCAUCACUCUCCCGAUAUUAGCGAAAAAGACCUCGAGGCCGGUAUAAAGAUGGGUAACUACAGAUUACACUACUAUGCCGCAGACACAUGGCUAAGCCUUGUUACCCAAUAUCUGCGCUUGAAUCAGUCUCAAGUUUUGUCAGAAGAGUUAAUCACAACUCUACAUAAAUUUUACGAAGAACAAUGCAAGCAAGAUUUGUCUGGCCGCACCGAACUAAAGGAGCAACGGUAUCCAUCGGAAUUACAACAAUUCAAAUCUCGCAAUCCCAAUAUCUUCUGUUUCCUCCGCGGUAUUGCGCAAUUCCAACAGAAAUGUUCCACGUCCCUUUACCAUCUCGAACAAGAGCACUAUUGGAUUGACCUUGACCUCACCACUACUUCAACUAUCUCAAAGAUGUUGUAUGCCCAGUUUGACAAAUUUCAGUGUCAGGCGCAGCAACAUACUGAUCAAUGUUUGUGCUCCAUUCUGAGGCGCCAUUAUGGCAGACGACUGUAUAAAUGUGGCUUCUUUUCUUGCGCAUUUCACCGAUCUGGGUUCGAUACUCGAUUUCUCAGAGAGUCUCACCAAAAGACCCACGACCUCCCUUGGAAAUGUGACAUUUCCUCGUGCCACUACUCGGAAGUCGGGUUUAUCUCCAAGCCUAUGAGAGACAGGCACUUGGAACUCCACCGAGCAGAAGCCCAAGAUAAUUCGCCGAAUAACGAGACAUUGAUGCUCCAUCCAAAAUCUGAUGAUAUUUUGCCUUUAUUAUUCGAUUUUGUUGCUAUUGAUGAUGUGGGGGCAGUUGAAAAACUUCCGCGUUUUGCCGAUACAAUCAAGCAUAAUGAUGUACAUGAAUUGCUAAAAUUUGUUGCACAUUCUGGAUCUGCGGCAAUGAUGAAGUUGAUCUAUGAAAAGGCGAACUGGAGACCUACAUACUCCAAUGAGUGGUACGAUAUCAUAUCAGCUGGGGUAAAUGGCCAAAAUAUUGAGUCAUUGACUGUGAUACUAUCAGACUUGCACGAUGAAAAAGCUCGAAAAACAUUUCAAAAUGACAUAUACCGUGUUAGUAAGCUUUUGGGAGAAUCGUUCACGACUGGCUCGAUGGAGGUAGUCCAAGCAAUAGAUACUUUUAUGAAACAAAUUCGUUUUAGAAAAGAUAGGGAUUUACUUUUGGUGUUCGGGAAUACAGGUGUUAUCAAAGCAAGCGCAAGAUGUCCAGAGCGAGAAGAAUAUCUCAUUAACGCAUGGUCGAAUCAUGGUGCUGCCAAAGCCUCAUCCGUGGACCUUGUCAGAAUACUCAGGAUUAUUGCUCGAACGACACAUUCAAUACGCCUUGCUCGGGCAUUGCUACAAUACGGCAUUAAUAUGGAUGAGCGACAGCAUGAUGGAGUACUCACACCACUACACUGGGCCGCCCGUCACGACUGCGCUGAAGCAGCAGAGUUCCUGAAGUUUCUGCUGUACCAGGGAGCAAACCCAAGUAUAUGCCAAGGAAUCAGAGAUGAGAAAUGUGUUAAGAAUAUUUCCAAUUGGCUUGGUAUAUCUUGGGAUGAACUAAUACAGAAAGCAAAAGAGGAUAGGGAAAGGGGGAUUCAGUGGCCAUGAUAUGUAACUUGCUCUGACAUCGAGAGACUAUCAAUUCACGAACAAAAAGAGACGAAAGUUGAAAUUAACUUUUAUUUUUAAACACUCAAUCUUUCGUUAAUCGUUUAUCUCUCUUUUAUCAUGCAUAUUAGUGGGCAUAGGGCCCCUAUAAGCAUCCAUCAACAAUAUAUUGCAUGAUUUCGGUAAUAUCAAGAUGAUCUCUCAC